AGGAUUACCUGCCACAAGCUGGCGAUGGCCAGGCAGCAUCUCAUCUAUUCACAGCUAGAACGGUGGAGCGCUAUUGAAGCCUGUUUUAUCAUUAAUGUUCGCUUUAGAGGAAAUCUGCAAAUCUAACUCAUCUGAUUUGAUUAAAUCGGGCCAUCCAUGGGGUAAUGUGUUGAAAAUCUAAAUGGUGCAGCGUCAAGCCGAGUGAAAUGGGCCUGCUUGAUAAACUGUCAGGCUGGCUUGGCCUAAGGAAGAAAGAAGUCAGCGUUUUGUGCUUGGGUCUGGACAACAGCGGCAAAACAACGAUCAUCAACCAGCUCAAGCCAUCUAAUCAUCCAAAUCAUUUAGGUCCAUUGUCAGCAGAGUGGAAACAUGUUAGUCAGACACAGGCUCAAGAGAUAGCCCCGACAAUUGGCUUCAACAUUGAAAAGUUCAAGAGUUCAAGCCUGUCCUUCACAGUCUUUGACAUGUCUGGCCAAAGCAGAUACAGAAGCCUAUGGGAGCAUUAUUACAAGGAGAGCAAUGCAAUCAUAUUUGUCAUUGAUAGUAGUGACAAACUGAGGAUGGUUGUUGCAAAGGAGGAGCUUGAUACUCUCCUUAACCAUGAAGAUAUCCGCAACAAAAAGAUCCCGGUGCUUUUCUUUGCAAACAAGAUGGAUCUGCGGGACGCUCUCUCUUCUGUCAAGGUCUCGCAAACGUUGUGUUUGGAGAACAUAAAAGACAAACCUUGGCACAUCUGCGCCAGCAAUGCUAUCAAAGGAGAGGGUCUGCAGGAAGGGCUGGACUGGCUGCAAGAUCAAAUUGCACAAUCAUAUCAAAACAAUGAACAAAUGAAUGACCAGGCAUGACUGGGACUCGGGGGAGGUGCACACUGGACCUGCUUUGCUUUUUCAACUUUUCAUCACUCCUGAUGUCGUAGGCCUUAAACGUCAAUGUCAAAUAGUCACGCACUGUUGUUCUCUCUGAGCUACACUUUUAAAAGAAAAAAGUGCUGGCAUGCUCUGAAUUUGACAGUUGCAUCAAGUGGUUAUAAGAAGCACUUCUGCAUAGACACCUUUGCAUGAUCACGCAAAUCUGCAUGCAGUCUGAAUAUAAAUGCAUCUGGGUUAUUUUCUGCAUACAACAUAAUUUUUUUUUUAUUGUUGCAGCUUUUAUCUAUUUUUAUUUUCUAAAACAUGCUUUACUAAUUUAAAGUCACUGAACAGCCGUGUUUGAAGAUGCUGUUAAUGUGAAUGAUGAACUAACCAAAAAUGAAUAAAAGCUUAUUUGCUCAGUG